ACCUAUGACACCUGCUGACACCGGAAGCUCAGCCGUACUGUCUGUUUUAACAACUGGAAAUGUCGCCUUUUGGCUGUAAUUCUCGGUGACAAUCUGAGAUAUGACGGAAAGAAACAGUUCUUUGGAAGAGAUGAUGAACAGAAGUCUGUUCAGGGAUCCAGAAACCUCUGUAGAUGACCCUGCAGCUCAGCUCCUAUCAUCUGUGUUUUCCAACAAGACAGACGUUAAAAGUGUGUCAAUUGUUCGCACAGGAAAUGGAACAAUCAUGGAGGACGAGAUUUUCCUGAACACAACCACUGCACAGGCCCUCUCUGGGAUCUUCGUCUGGUCAGCUCUGCUCAUCACGUGCCACCAGAUCUACAUGCACCUGCGUUCCUACACCAUGCCGAAUGAGCAGCGGUACAUCAUUCGAAUUCUUUUCAUUGUGCCCAUCUACGCCUUUGACUCCUGGCUCAGUUUGCUCUUUAUCAGCAACGACCAGUACUAUGUCUACUUUGACUCAGUACGGGAUUGCUAUGAAGCCUUUGUAAUUUACAACUUCCUGAGUCUGUCCUUUGAAUAUCUGGGGGGAGAGAGUGCCAUCAUGUCAGAAAUCCGGGGAAAACCUAUUCGGUCAAGCUGUUUAUAUGGCACCUGUUGCCUGGUGGGAAUGAGCUACUCGAUUGGGUUUUUGCGCUUCUGUAAACAGGCCACUCUACAGUUCUGUGUUGUAAAGCCCGUCAUGGCAGUCAUCACCAUCCUCUUGCAAGUAUUUGGCAAAUAUCACGAUGGAGAUUUUAAUGUUACUGGUGGAUACCUUUACAUCACUAUCAUCUACAACUUCUCUGUCAGCUUGGCCCUCUACGCCCUCUUCCUCUUCUAUUUUGCCACCAGUGACCUGCUCAGGCCAUAUGAACCAGUUCUCAAAUUCCUCACCAUUAAAUCUGUCAUCUUCCUUUCCUUCUGGCAAGGAAUGGUUCUGGCUAUCCUGGAGCGCUGCAGGGUCAUACCGGAGGCCCUGGUCAUCGGCGGCCACCACGUGGGGGCCGGCACGGUGGCAGCGGGCUGGCAGAACUUCAUCAUCUGCAUCGAGAUGUUCUUCGCCGCCAUUGCUCUCCGCUAUGCUUUCACCUUCACCGUGUAUCAGGGGAAAAAGAGCGAAAUACCAGAUAACAACGCACCCAUGCAGAGCAUCUCCAGCGGACUAAAAGAGACCAUGAACCCCCACGACAUGGUGCAGGAUGCCAUCCAUAACUUCUCCCCAGCCUACCAGCAAUACACUCAGCAGUCCACCCAGGAGGUGGUCCAACCCGGGCAGAACGGCAAAGCGGGCCCUGGCACCUGCUCCAAAUGGUCCAGGAAGAACGACAAGAUCAUGCUGAUCAGCUCAGAUGACGAAUUCUAAACACCAAAGAGAGUGUGAGUCAUUUGUAGGUGAAGGAACUGUAUGAGGGCACACCAAAACCAAUACUUGUGGUCUUCCUAUGCUCUUCUUGCAUUAUUUUGUUCCGUAAUUUAAUCACCUAACUUGCUGGUAAUUCAUGUGGCUUAGACCAAUGGAUUUGCAGGAAAUGUCAGUAACUUAUGUCAAUGUUUACAGAAAAAAAUGAGGAAGGGAAGCAUUUGUUUGUCUAACUGGGAGGGUAAAACAGCAGGAGUACAAUCAGAAUUGCUGUGUUUUCUGGGACUGGAGUUGUGCAAUAGGCCCAGUCUUUGUAAUGCCAAGUCUGCAUGAAUGGUGGCUGAUACUCCAGUAACUCACCAGCCACUGAAAAGCGUAUUGGUAUCUGAUUUGUGUCUGUUUUGAUGGCUAGUUUGACAAUAUAUCUAAAUCAGGAACUGACAAAGCACCAGCAGUCUGUGACUGACACAUGCCUUUCACUCCCUGUCUGAAAAGGGAGUGUGAACUGAAGCCUCUAGGCUUAUUGAUAGGGCUGCCCACUGUGGACUCCCCGCUGAACGGGAAGGGUCACGCCAGCCAGCAACACAAAGACCACUUCUCUCAUGAAGGGAUGAAUCAGCUAGAGAGGGGCUGGCAGUGGCCUUUUACACAGCCUUGAUGCCAUGCUUUCCAAAUAUUGAUCAUUAGUGUCUAGGUCUAGAAAUCAUUUAUUAGUCAUUCUGAAUAGGUCUGUGUGUUAGGAUAUGGACAUUAAGCUGGCCAAAGUAUUGAAUAUAUGCAUAAAACUGGUGGACAAUCAUUGGAGUAGAAAUGCAAGAAAUCCAUCUGUCUGGAUAAUGAUUAUAUGAUAUCAGUAAAUAUAAAUAUUGAAGUAUGUGCAAUCCACCUGUUCU